AUGGCGGAAGGGGAGGAUGGAGGUUGGUGGAGAAGCUGGCUGCAACAGAGCUACCAGGUUGUCAAAGAGAAGUCCACAGAAGCCCUGGAAUUCAUGAAACGGGACCUAACAGAAUUUAGCCAGGUGGUACAACAUGACACAGCAUGUACCAUUGCAGCCACUGCCAGUGUGGUCAAGGAAAAGCUGACUACUGAAGGUUCAUCAGGAGCAACAGAGAAGAUGAAGAAGGGGCUCUCUGACUUCCUUGGGGUGAUCUCAGAUACAUUUGCUCCUUCCCCUGACAAAACCAUUGAUUGUGAUGUCAUCACCUUGAUGGGCACACCAUCAGGAACUACUGAACUUUAUGAUAGUGCCAAGGCUCGCCUAUACAGCCUACAGUCAGACCCUGCAACAUACUGCAAUGAGCCCGAUGGGCCUCCAGAGCUGUUUGAAGCUUGGCUAGCCCAGUUCCACUUGGAGGAAAAGAAAGAAGAGAUCUCCAGUCUGCUCAUCAGCAGCCCCUCCAUCAGGGCCCUCUACACCAAGAUGGUCCCAGCAGCUGUUUCCCACUCAGAAUUCUGGCACCGCUACUUCUACAGGCUCCACCACUUAGAGCAGGAAGAGGCCCGGAGGGAUGCUCUGAAACAGCGGGCAGAACAAAGUGUCUCAGAGGAACCAGGCUGGGAGGAAGAAGAAGAAGAGGAAAAAGCUGCUGCUAUCUUGGGCCCUACCCCAAGUGCUAAGGGUUGGGCCAGCAGUCCUCAGAGUCCUUCUGAAGAGAGUUUGGGAGUUGUGGCUACACACUCAUCCGAGGUCACCCCUUCAGAAAGCAGUGAGAGUGUCUCACUUGUGACCCAGGUCGUCAACCCUGCUUUUACACCUGAAGCCGCAGCACUAAUGCAGCCAGCCCCUACUAAAGACCUCUCCCAAAAGCUUUUGGAAGCGACUUUGGAAGACCCUGUUCCCACAGCUGAUACAGGAGAGACGGGCCCACCACCUGUGGAACGGCCCAAGCCUUCAACCCCCACUGGUCGUCCGAGCAGCUCUGAACCCAAACCAGUGAUCAGAGUAGAGACUCUGAGAGAGGAGGGACCAACAGACUUACGGGUGUUUGAAUUGAACUCGGACAGUGGGAAGUCUACACCUUCCAACAAUGGGAAGAAAGGUUCCAGUACUGAUAUCAGUGAAGACUGGGAGAAGGACUUUGAUCUGGACAUGACUGAGGAGGAGGUGCAGCUGGCAUUGUCCAAAGCCGAUGGAUCUGGAGAGCUGGAAGAUGUGGAGUGGGAAGACUGGGAAUGAGGUGGGAGGGCUUGGAGAGGACACUCCUCCACACCACACGGCUCCCACCUCCCUCCUCAGCCCCGUCCUGGAUGGCCCCAUGGACAUUCCUCCAGCCACCUGAUGCUGUCUGUUCCAUCUUCUGAGUCCAACACAUGCUCCUCUCCAGGAGGGACCUCUCUGAGGCCAGACAGUCAUGUGACCUGUGCCAAUUCUAGGCUUGGGGGGAGGGGAAUCCCACCACCACUACCACCACCACUUUAGAAGAGCCCAGAUUUCUCUGCUGUAAAUCCACUGUCCCCAGGCAGUACCCGCAGUGGCCUCUUGUCCUCUGCCUGCUUGUGUGUAUGGAAGCUAAAUCUACAGACCACUUUAGAGCCCCAGUGGAGCUCAUUGCUUACCUGCUAUCCCCUCCACGGCCUGUCUCCCUUCCAGGAUCAAGGCUCCAAGAAAGGAGGGGCUGACUUCAGAAAGUCCUUUUCCUGCCUUAGGUCUGGUUCCAUCUCUUCCCUGAGCAUCUGCUUUCCCUUCCCCAGGUCUUUCCCCACCCUACCAUAGGUGGCCUUCUUUGUCUGACUCUACUGGCUGGGGCAGUGAGGGGGCAGUGGGGAAAGGGGACGUGUUCACUUGUCUUCAGGGGAAUGUUCCCUAGAAAGGCUGUUCGUUUGUAGGGAAUGUCCACAUCUUAGGGGACUCCUCUCCCUUUACACCAGGCCUUUUCUCUCUAUUCAUGAGGCCCAAGUGAUCUCUGUCUUUCAGAUUUCUAAGUGGGGACUCUCCUAGUAGUGAUUGGAGACCAAACGCUGCCCACCGUCACCACAUCCCUGGUAUUUCUAAAGCACCCUCUCUCCCAGUGCCUCUUCACAGCACCUGCUUCUCCAACACUCAAGGAGCUGAGCUACUCCCAGGCCUUUCAGUCUGUGAGGACACGCUCUCCUUACAUUUCUUGCUCUGCUCUCACCUCCCUGAGCCGGGGGAGCCACUUCAAGCUCUUGUUCCUUGGCGGGGUGAGGGAUGGACCUUCUGCAGCCCUUUUCCUUGGACUAAGAAACACACCUCUUCACAAACAGGAUUGAAGGUACAGUCACAGCCCCCAAAGAACCCUUUUACAGCCUUCAUUGGGUAAGCCAUGAGUUUCUUCUCAAGACACCCCAUUGCUCCUCCUUGGGGCCUAUUGUAGAGCAAGUAGGCACACCUGCCCAUGCUCAUCUACACUCACCUCCUGACAUCAUUUGGCUAGCGUGAAUUCCCCCCCUGGCCUUAAGGGCCCAUGGUUCUGGGGAGACAGUGGCUUCUGUCCUCAUUCUCUCUUAGCCUCCUUCUCUGGGUAGGGAGGGGCACCCUCAAGCUGCUUCCCAUUGCACAUACAGAAGCUGGUGUGUUUGACAACCAAGGUCAUGGGAAAAGGGGAGGGAGAAUGACCAAUCAGUCACAUUCAUCAAGAAAGUCCAGUUGGGGAUUAAAAUGCUGAAUCUUUCUCUGGGGUGGGAGGGUGGGGGUUUUCUCUUUGUAAUCUGUUUAGUUUAACCUUUUUGGUUGUUUGUGCAAUAUUAUAUAUUUUAAAUUAUAAUGCAUCUCCCCAGAGCAUUUUGUAGCUGGGAAAAUGAAAAAAAAAAAGAUUCUAACAGCUGUUAGUUUUGUAAUUUAAAAACCCCUCAAAGAAACUUUGUCCUGAACCUUUUGCAGACAUGCAGUUAACAGCUAUUAAAGACAUUCGACAUUA